CACACACACACACACAGAGGUGGAGCUCAGAGUUUUUCUGCAGAGGAAAAACUUUGUGGACUCUCUUGAGUUCUGAUUUUGACUCUGAGUCGUUUCUUUCUGACGAGUGAGGACAGAGUCGUCAUGGUGACCACCGAGACCCACCAGAGCCAGGACCUACUGGUCCCCCCUCAGAACCAUGACCAGCAGGACCAGCAAAACCAGCAGGACCAGCAGGACCAGCAGGACCAGCAGGACCAGGACCAGGUCUCUCCCUUAUCCGCCCUGGCAGGAUUUGACCCCGAGACGCUGAGUCAGGGUCCCGUAAACGCCAUCACGGUUCUCACGCUGCUGGACAAACUGGUCAACAUGCUGGACGCCGUGCAGGAGAACCAGAACAAGAUGGAGGUGCAUCAGGUGGAGAUGGAGGGCGUGGUCAGAGGGAUCCAGGCUGAUAUGACCAAACUGUCCAAGAGCCACAGUCACACCUCCAACACUGUCAGCAAACUGCUGGACAAGAGCCGCAAACUGUCCGUCACCAUGAAGGAGGUUCGUGAUAAGAUGGAGCGUCAGGGUGUCCAGGUGAAGAAGCUGGAGGCCAACCAUGCUCACCUGAUCAGCAGGAACAACUUCAAGGUUCUCAUCUUCCAGGAGGAGAACGAGAUCCCCUCCAGUGUUUACGUUAAGGAUCCUCCUCCGUUCCCUCGUGAUGAGAUUUUGGAAGAAGGUGAUGAAUCGUUGGCGGGCAUCGCUGAUGGCAACCGUUCCCAGGAGGGCGGGCUUCACACCAUCGACCUAUCAUCUGACGAGGACGUCGGGCUGGAGGCGGAGCUAGAGGAGGAGGAGAUGUGGCCUCAAGACCUGGAGAACAUGGAGAAGUCCAGAGCCGAGAAACUGAAACAUUCCAGUCUGAAGAAGGUCGACAGUCUGAAGAAGGCGUUCUCCAGGCAGAACAUCGAGAAGAAGAUGACGAAGAUCGGAACAAAGAUUGUUUCUCAGGAACAACGAGAGAAGAUCAAGAAGAAAACCUCCAGCCUGAAGGUUUCACCUCUGACCUUCAGCAUCAGGAAGCCUCGCAGCAGCUCCGACUCUCAGCCCCCCGACGUCUCUCUCCAGGUGGACGAGUCCGUCUUCGUUGAGGCCGAUGUCCAGCUCUCUCCGCUGGAUGGAACCGACCAGGAGGUUCCCUUCACCGAGGUCCACGCCCAGCUGGCUCCGGAUGAGCAGGGGGAGAAAGAGGAGGGGGAGGAGAUUAAAGAAGAGGAGGAGGAGGAGGAGGAGGAGGAGAAGAUAAAAGAGGAGGAGAAGGAGGAGGAGGAGGAGGCGGAGGAGGAGAAGGGAGGUGUGGAGGCGGAUCUGUCGGUGGGUUCAGAGGGAGUCGGUGAGGAGUACGCUCUGUCCUCCACGCUGCCUCAGGAGGAGAAACAGGAGGAACCAUAAACACUCUGACUGUAAAGGAGCAGUUCAACAUUUAGUGAGGUUCCUCUCUCUGUAAUGUUGGACUGUUCCUUUAAACCGUACAGACGUUUAUUGAUGGAUGUUCUUUUAUUGAUAAAGCUCCACGUACACAGGUUCAAUUCCCGACAUCUGAUCUUUGUGUUGAUAUUUAAAGUCCUCACAUGUGAACCUGAAAACUACGUAACUCCAACAUUUUAACUUUUCAUGGUGAAAAGUGUGUUUUCUGAUUUUUAGAUUUACGUUUUAAAUGAAAUUUAAAUGAAAUUAAAACAACUCCAUUUGGAGAACCUUGUUUUCUGCUCGUCAAAGUUUAGUUUCUUUUUAUUCUUAUUCUUGUUUUCAUUGAUUUAAAAACACCAUAACUAACAAUCAGCUAAUCAAUAACAUUAACGAGCACACAGAACCCAAGGAACACAGAGAACAUGGUGCUGAACAGAACCAUAAAAACACAAAUGUUCCUCUAAUGUUCUAUGAAUUGUAAUAUUAUCCUUGCUUUGAGGUUCCUCUUAGGUUCUACUACUGUUUCCCAUUUACUCAAGGUUCCUCAAAGGUUGCCCUAACAUUUCUUAAUGGAUACCUGUUUUCACCAAAGUACCUCUAAGGUUCUCCUAUGGGUGACAAAGGUAACACCAGAGUUCGAAAAAAUAAUUUGUUUUCUGUUCAUCCAAGGUUCCUCUAAUAUUAUAAAGAGCCCCCUAGGUUCUUCUAAAGUUUCUCUAAUGUUGCACGAAGGUUCCACCAGGGUUUCUAUAAGGUUCCCCUUAUAUUCUCCUAAGUUCCCCCUAUGUUCUUUUGAAGUUUCUCUUAUGUUGCACCUAGGUUCCGACGGGGUUCUUCCAAGGUUCCUCUAAUAUUCCCCUAAGAUCCCCCUAGUUUCUUUCAAAGUGUCACGAAGGUUCCCCCAGGAUCCUGCAAGGUUCCUCAAAUAUUCUCCUAAGAUCCCCAUAGGUUCUUUCAAAGUGUCACCAAGGUUCCCCCCAGGUUCCUGCAAGGUUCCUCAAAUAUUCCCCUAAAUUUCCCCUGGGUUAUUCUCAAGUUUCUCUAAUGUUUCACAAAGUUUACCCCGGAGUUCAACAAGGUUCCUUUAACAUUCCACUUGGGUUCCCCUCUAAGGUUCCCUCACAUUUCCACUGAGGUUCUUUCACAGUUCCCCCCAGCUUUUUCUCAAGAUUCCUCUCAAGUAACGUUCUCCUGAGUAUAUGUAUUGAUAUCUACACUGAAUAAUAACCAGCCUGUUUAUUAUUGAUCUGCUUAUUAACUACACAAAAGUAUUGAUAACUGUAACAGAAACACUGAUCAGCAGACCUGAUCAAACAGUUUGAUUUGUGACACAAUCGAUUUAUGUCUACUGAGCUUUAGACUCAUUGUGUAAAAGGAGUGUUAAAGACUCAGAGGUAAAUACUCAGUAUAUAUAUUUAUACUCAGUUAAAUACUAAGUAUAUAUAUAUAUAUAUAUAUAUAUAUAUAUAUAUAUAUAUAUAUAUAUAUAUAUAUAUAUAUAUAUAUUGAGUAAGCGACUCUUUAUAUAAACAGUGUUAAAAUCAGACUAUUUGUUCUUUUUGUUGUUUUCAGGUUUGAAGUCACAGUUUUUUGUUUGUUUGUUGUUGUUUUUUUACAUAUAUAGAACCUUUCUGCUGCCAAAGAACUUUCCCUGUUUGACUUGUCGGACUGUCAAUCAUCCAUCAGGUGUGUGAGAUCACCUGAACUUUAUAAUCAAUAAAAUCUGUGAUACCACA